UGUUGGUGCGCGUCGGGAAAACUGAACACCAGGCUUGCGGGAAAGUAAGAGAAAACACAAUUUGCCCGAUCGAAAGAAAGAGAGAAAGCAGCCGAACCAGUUGCAGGAAAAAUCAUUCACAUUCGAACGAUAGCGCGUGUGAAAUUUUCCGCGUGUCAAGCGAAAGGUGCAAAAGUUAGCGCGUCCAGAAAAAAACAAACCAAGAUCCAAAUCCGUGCGUUGUGAGACAUCCAGUGUUUCCGGCUUCCGUUUCCUCCUUGCUCAAAGCAAACCCGAAUAUCCUACUUUCCCGGAAUGGCUGCUGCACCUGUUAUCAUUCCAUCGGUAGCGAAGCACACAUCAACGCUAAUCUUCCUACAUGGCCUUGGCGAUACCGGCCAUGGCUGGGCAACGUCGAUGGGAUCGCUCCGUACGCCGGACAUGAAGGUAAUUUGUCCAACCGCACCGAACAUGCCAGUCACGAUGAAUGGUGGAUUUCGGUUGAACUCGUGGUUCGAUCUUAAAUCCAUCUCGAUCAGCGACCCGGAAGAUGAGGAGGGUAUCAAAAAGGCGACCCGAUACGUACACGACCUGAUCCAGAGUGAAAUGAAGGCCGGUAUAACCUCGAAUCGGAUCAUGCUCGGUGGGUUUUCGCAGGGUGGUGCCCUUGCCCUGUACGCGGGGUUAACGUUUGCGGAACCGUUGGCUGGUGUGAUGGCCCUUUCCUGUUGGUUGCCAUUGCACAAAAGCUUCCCGAGCGUGCGAAAGUGUCCCGAUACGGUGCCGAUCCUUCAGUGCCACGGUGACUGUGAUCCGAUCGUGUUCUACAAGUUUGGUCAAUUAUCAUCCAGUGUGUUGAAAUCGUUCAUGAAGAAUUCGCACUUUCAAACGUACCAGGGGCUGGGCCACAGCUCCUGCGAUGCAGAAUUGAGCGAUAUGAAGAAAUUCAUCGAUGAUCAUGUUCCUCGUCAGUGAAGUGUCACUACACCCAUCCCCGGGCACCAAUCAAAUCGGUGUCCUAAUUCGCAGAUUGUUCGCUUACAUUCGUGAAAAUCGUACGUAAAGGCAUAAACAUACAUAUUUGCGAGACGGAAAAGCAUAUUAAUAGCAUCCAAAUGUAGUAUCGGUUGUUUUUCCCCAAAGCGGUUCACAUUCUGUUAAUGCAAUUUGUAACUUAUGUAAACUCAAGAAAGAGAGAAAAAACUCAAAACACCCGCAAAAAAAAAGAUUAACAUACCGCGAUUUAACGCAUUAAUGUAGUACACGAAAGCAAAGCAGAGGGAGAGAAUCAUAAAGCAACAAACAGUUAAAACAACCUUAAAAUUAUUCAGAACGUGUCGUCGAAAGCAAUCAUUACAAGUAGCUGCAAAGCGCAAAAGCCAAAAGAUGAAAGGUAAACUAUGCUAAAAACGGACUGCAACACAAUACAGAAACUGAGUCAAUGUUUAAACAACACUAUUUUCCUGCACUGUUUCCGUAGCGCGUAUAUGCUGUGAGCGUUUAGAAGGGGUUCUCCGGUUGAAACACACACACACACACUCACACGCAAUACAUAUUGUAAAAUUCCCCGAUAAAUAACGAUCCGAUAGUAAACAGCGGGUCGCUCUUAUCGCAUGAAUUGAGUAAACCGGGAGAGUAGGGCGAGCUGAUAAACUACUUACUACUAGCAUUUUUGUGUAGACUUUGCCAUCACGUUAUAGAUAAAACAACAAAAGUGCUCUCGACACAUAUAACAAAUUAAAAAAAUCCUUACGCGUGAUAAUGGCCCCAACGAUGUGCAGGGCUCAAGCAAAAACGAAAAGGUAUACAGGGGUUUUGUCGGGAAAGUUAUGAACAGCUACCGCGGUUAAAGCAAACUGAGGACACAAACACAAAAGUAUUGAACAUUGGGGAAAAAUUUGAACGCAAUCUUUAGCGAGUAGCUGGGUAGGGAAAACGUAUACAGCAUAGAAUGGCGAUGAAAAAGUUAAACUUUUGCCCAGUUAGUAUUAGUUAAACAUUUCCCUUUCUAGUGAAUUGUUUGUUUGCAACUUAAUUUCGUCCAAAGUUGGUUAUUUUAUUAAUGCAAAUUUUCUUUAUUAUUUGUUUUUAUGGUAACUGUUUCUUUUUCUAUCCUUUUAGCUAUAUCAUCUUUCUUGCUUUGUUUUCAACUGUACUUGAACACACGUUUAAAUUAAAGGUGGUUUAACAUCCAACCAACAAGAUAUCGUUUUGUUAGGAUUGUUAGAGAGUCUUACAAAAGUCAGAAAGAUCAUUAAAUAGUGACACAGAUUUUUCACUUCGAAAAGUGUUUUUUUUGCCUAACCGAUUCUGAGCUAACACAAAAUUAAGUGAUUUUCCAUACGUGGGCCCUGUCAUGUAUUGGAAAGACCAACACUACUUCGUAUUUUGUAGCUAUUUUAUUAUGUACAAUCAAAUCCACUAUCUAUGGGUUUUUAACGGCCACUACAAAAACAGUAAGGUAUCUACUUUCGAAGUUUAAUUGAAACUGCAGACGUCACACGGCAGCGAAGAAGUUUUACAUGAUAAGACACUUCGUAUUCUCCCGGUAUAGUCGACCUGACUUCAAUUACAUCUUCUCCUAUCUGACAUCCAUACGAUGUAUUUUCUUUUAUGAAAAAGUAAUGUAACUAUAACGGCAUCGACUAAAGCAAUUGUGGAUCGUGUUUGGAAUUGGGUGUCCUUUAGCACCCUUUGUUGAAUGAUAACCUGUAAAACUUUCUCAUCAACCGCCAAUCAGCAUAAAAAACAAUGAGCAAUCAAACGGCUCGUGGCAAAACAAAUGUGGUAAACCGAGAUGUUUCAUUAAACUUAUCACAAUACAGUCAGCAUUGGCAUUUUAUUUUUUUUAUCAAUACCUUUCCAUUGCACAAUCUUAAACCGCUUGGUUCCGAUUUGCCGAACGAAUGGAAGUAAUAUUAUGAAUUAAUUGAAUAAUAAUAUCAAUCUUUUUCUAUGAACUCACUGCAGUUGCCAAAUGAAGCUUUAUGCUUAGCGAUACUAUUUUAACAUUUAGCAAUCUAUUCCCACUUAACACGAGUUCAACCCAUAGAACUUAACUUGUUUGGCUUCGUUUAGAGUUGGGUUUAGUUAGUGACUUUAGUAAAGUGCGAUACCAUUAUAUAAAAUGUCAGAAAUCGUUUGAAUUCGGUUCCCACUAUAAAAAUGGAGCAAUAGUCAUUAGCCUCCCGUCGGCACAUCGGUAUCAUUGCGGAUAGGCAACUAAACGUCCACGGUUUGGUGUACCUUUCGAGUUCGAAACUGCACUCUUUCCAUUUUGGCAAAUUAUUACGCGAAUUCGGAGGAACGCAACAAAUUGUGCACCAGUUUAAUGCAUUAGCGACGGUUUGUCAACUCAAGAUCAACUAUGUAUGUUACGAACGCAACCGACACCAUUCGAGUCAGGAGUUGAGAGCGAGCUAUAGAGGCCGGCAAAUCCGUAUAAGGCAAAUACUAAUCAGCUACACUAAUGUAAUCCUAGUACGGUGCGUAAGAGCAUCGCAAGAGAUUUAAUAAUAUAUUUUAGGUUAA